AAAUUUUAUUAUUUUAUUAACGAUAAUCGAGUGUUAUAAAUGUGUUUGAUAACAUUCCUCUAAUUACAAAUGAAAGAAGAGACCUUUGGUGCAAAUGUAUGACUUUAAAUUGCAAAAUGUUUGACUUUAGAUUGAUAGACAUAAUGGAGGAGGAACCGUAAAGUUUGAUCAUUUUAAUAAACACAACCGUGUUGACUCUUCCGCAAGUAAAACUAAAAGUCCAUCCACUAAACAACACACAUAUGCUUUCUAGAAAAGGAUUGAAAUUUCAAUCUUUGAAAUGUUCAAACUCAAACGACCACCACAUAACUAACUAUUACGAAGUAUUUCUUCAUCACAUAUUCUCAACCACAACACCUAGCCAUCAAUAUAAAUACACACCUCUCCACCAGCUGAUUGAAUAACUUAUAUUCACUCCAAUACCUCUCAACUCAAGAUAUGAAUAUGAUGGAAAACAAGUCAUUAAACAUGUCAAUAGCAACACUUGCUAUUGCCUUUUUUAUUAUGAUUAUAGUACCAAAGAAUGUGAGUGCUCAAAAUUGUGGCUGUGCUGAAGGAUUGUGUUGCAGCCAAUAUGGUUAUUGUGGAGACACUGAUGCAUAUUGUGGUACAGGGUGCCAACAGGGUCCUUGUAAAGGAGGAAAUAUUCCACCUAGUACUCCAAGUCCUAGCAAUGAUGUUAAUGUUGCUGACAUUGUCACACCAGAGUUUUUCAAUAGUAUAAUUGAUCAAGCUGAUUCUAGUUGUGCAGGAAAGAGCUUCUACUCAAGAGCUGCUUUUCUUGAUGCACUCAAUUCUUAUAAUCAGUUUGGUAGGGCUGGUUCUUCCGAUGACUCCAAACGCGAAGUUGCAGCUGCUUUUGCACAUUUCACACACGAAACAGGACAUUUUUGCUAUAUAGAAGAGAUUGAUGGUGCAUCAAAGGACUACUGUGAUGAAAAAAACACAGAUUACCCAUGUGUCCCUAACAAAGGAUACUACGGUCGUGGACCGAUUCAAUUAUCUUGGAACUACAACUACGGACCAGCCGGAAAGGACAACGGUUUUGAUGGAUUGAACUCUCCUGAAACGGUGGCUAAUGAUCCUACAGUGUCCUUCAAGACAGCAUUAUGGUAUUGGAUGAAAAAUGUUCACCGUGUUUUUAACCAGGGCUUUGGUGCAACCAUUAGAGCCAUUAAUGGUCCACUUGAAUGCGAUGGUGCAAACCCCAACACAGUUAAGGCUCGUGUUGAUUACUACACUCAAUAUUGUAGUAAAUUGGGUGUUGCUCCUGGUGAUAAUCUUACUUGCUAAGCUAGCUAGCAAUACAACACAUACAGAUUAUAUAGUACAGUAUUUAAUUUGAUUUGAUGAUUCUAUACGCAGUAUGAAUAAAUGAUACCAUGUAUACACAAUUCAAUUUCUCCUUUUACAAUAUAUUAAAAUGAUACCAUAUAUUAAUUUGAUUA